CAAACCCCUUUUAAUUUCGUCUCCGGAGAGUCAGCGAACCGCAGCCCAAACUUGUCGGAGAUCUACCCAUCGAUCGUCCUCCAAAUUUCUAGGGCUUUCCUUUCCUCUUUCCUCUUUUAGAAAUCAAUGGCGACGGAGGCGGAGGACGCUGAGAAGCAAUCCUCGUACACGUACUGGGUGAGGGAGGCGAGGGACGACGCCGCUCCGUUGCCGGUCCCCAAGAAGCUGACGGCCGAUGACAUCUCCAAGCAAUCGCAGGCUAAUCCCAAUUCGCUUGGAUCUGUUUGGAAUCAGGCUGGAACAUGGGAGGAAAGGAACCUUAAUACAUGGGCAAGCAAUAGAAUCAAGGAGCUUCUUGGCUCAUUGGGCACAUUGGAGUUUUCUAGUGGUAAUGCAAAUAUUUCAGAAGUGUCCAAAUGCUCAGGCGAUGCAUUCUUGGUCACAGUUCGGAACAAAAAAAGAGUUGGAUAUACAUAUGAACUGACGUUGAAAUUCAAAGGGGAAUGGUUAGUUAAGGAGGAGAAAAAAAAGAUAAAAGGGCAUCUUGAUAUUCCUGAGUUCUCAUUUGGUGAAUUGGAUGAAUUACAGAUGGAAGCUAGGCUCAAUGAUGAUAAGGAUCUUACCGCAGAGGAGAAAAUGCGGAUCAAGAAAGAUCUGCGUUCAUUUUUGAUCCCCAUCCGAGGAAAACUAGUGGAAUUUGAACAAGAGCUCAAAAAUAGAUGACAGAAGAUGGGGGUUUAUUUGCUAUGGACCCUCCCUUUUUAGCUCAGAGUUUGUCAUUCCUUUCUGUUACUACUGGACGUGUCAAACUACUAGUUUAACGGUAGCAUCAGUUGUGUCGUAACCUCAUACACGAAAGUCUUAAUGUAUUCCACGUACUAUGGCGAUGUAUCAGGCCGAUGUUUUGAACACAAAACUAUCCAACUAGCAUUGGGCAAAAUUCUGAAUUGGUGUGAAUGUGUUAUUGGUUUCUUCUCAUUUAA